AUGUCAUUUUGUAAAUGGUUAAUAGGAUUUUUUGUAAUCAUUACCGGACUUUUAUAAAUCAAAAGUAUCAUUAAUUUCAUUGACUAUUAACUAGACUAUUCAUUGGUAUUCAGAAAUACUGGUAAUCAGUUUCUUGAAAACAUACAAGGAUUCGAUAUAGAUCAUUUCAACGAUACUAAUGAUAGAUAUGAUUUUACUUUGAGUAUCUGGAAUGAUAAUGGUUUAGAAUUACUGCUCUCAAAAACGAGACUGCAUUCACAUUAUACUAAGAAAAUUAAAUUCGAUUUUUCAAGAAACAUGAGCACUCAUUAUUCGAUUGGGCAAAAUUAGAAACUAGAUUUUCUCUUGAGAGAUUUUGCUUUUUGGAAAAUUGCUGUGCCGUUUGAAGAAAUAGUCCAAAUAGGAUAGCAAGUGGGAGACAUUAAAGUGCAGUGGUAACACUUGAUCAGAUAUUACAAACUUACUCUGAUUGAAGUUGGAAUCUAUUAAUACGACUAUUCACCUCAUGAGUAGCAUUUCAGAUUUAGAAUAUCAAAACCAGACAGCUCAAUGUAUUACUUCGAUGACUAAAUGGAAAAGUAAAUUGGAUUCGCAAUGAUAAGCUCAUACUUAAGUCCUUUCGACGAUAUAACUAACUUCCACAUAAGAACUGAAAAAACUGACGCAUCAACUAUGGUUGUGCAGAUGAUGUAAAAUGCAAUGAUUUAGAAGCACAAGUAGAAAUUAAGUAAUGGAUUGUGGUAAAAUAUUGUUGUUGGCUAUGAUAAAAAAAAGCCGAUCAUACGUACCGCUGUUGACUUAGAUUUUAUUGAUAAUACAUCCCCAAUAAAUACUGGUUUAGUUAGUUAUUGGAGAUUAAACCAAGAUUCUUAUGGAGAUAAUUAUUUGAUAGAUGACUCAAGAAAUCCUCAAUACAUCACACUGACAAAAAAUCUAAUCUUUUCAGUUGCUGAAGAGCUCUAUAAUAAUAAUCCCCAACUAUUUAGUGUCUCAACAAAAGAAAUAAAUGAAGAUAUUUCAAUCAAACUUGCCUAUAAUAAUAAAAAUAAUCAAUAAACCUACAUAUCUGAUUAUAAAUUUUCAAAAGAUAGUUGGGUCCAUUUGUCUGUAUCUCAUACUAUAAUAUCUGCUGCAUAAAUUAGCACUAUUUAAGUGUGUAUCAUGCUAUUUUGCUUUGACUCCUUUGAACUGGAUAUUUCUUAGAUUUCCUACACUAAUAAUGCUAAGAUAGGAAAAUCAUUUAAAGGUUCUUUUAGGGAAUUGAGACUUUGGAAUACAAGAGAAAAAUUAUUUCGAGAUGACUAUUUUCAUUUUUUCAAAAGAGAUAUAAUUAAUCCUACAUAGACUCCAAGAUUAGUUGAAUACUGGAGAUUAGAUUCAUCUGAAUAUGGAACUGUUAGCGCAAUAUAUUCAACUUUAGAUUACAUUUCAAUACAAACUUCUAUUCAAAGAGAGAAAAUAAGUCCUUUGCAAUUAUGCGAAUACGGUAGUUACUACAAUGGAGCUUCUUGCAAUUUCGACAAUUUCAUCCCAUUCAAAGAUGAUAUUUUGGAUAGAAUAAAAUUACUUCAAAUGAAUUUGACAGCUAUUCCAAUAACUUACUCUUUUGGCUUUUGGUUUAAAUUUGGUUCAUUAGGUAACAGAUUCAUUAUGAGUGGCAAAGUACCUUAAAUAAGCAAUUUUAUAGCAUUGUUUGUAGGGCCAAAUCCAGAUAACUUCUUAAGGAUCUAUCAUAAUAACUGCGAAAAAACUAUAUUUUCAAAUUAUUUAGAUGACAUUGGAAUAAAUUGA